AUGGUGGACAAGGCUUGGGUUCAUCUUUGCAGAGCUGAUCCUGGUUAUGAGAAAGGGGCGUCAGAGUUUGUUAGAGAUGUGGCUGCGGCUCUGGGAGACGUUGAUAUGAUCGUGUGUCCUUGCAUCGACUGUCGUAACAUAGAUCGUCAUUAUAGCAAUGUUGUAGUUGAUCAUCUUGUUACAAGGGGAAUGGAUGAGGCGUAUAAGAGAAGACUGAAGACACAGAACGGCUGGUCAGACAAGAGUUUUAAUGAUCUUCUCGAGACUUUGCCAGGGAUGUUACCAGCGGAUAAUGUGUUACACACAUCACUUUAUGAGGUCAAGAAAUUUCUGAAAUCAUUUGAUAUGGGUUACGAGAAGAUCCAUGCCUGUGUCAACGACUGCUGCUUGUUCAGAAAGAAGUACAAGAAGCUUGAGAAUUGUCCAAAAUGUAAGGUUUCCCGGUGGAAGACAAACAUUCACACUGGUGAAGUGAAACAAGGUGUGCCACAAAAAGUUUUACGCUAUUUUCCAAUAAUCCCAAGACUGAAGAGAAUGUUUAGAUCAGAGGAUAUGGCUAGAGAUCUAAGGUGGCAUUUCACUAGUAAGAGCAUCGACGGCAAACUCAGACACCCGGUGGAUUCAGUUACUUGGGAUCAGAUGAACGCCAAAUACCCUUCCUUUGCAUCAGAAGAAAGGAACGUGAGGCUUGGACUUUCCACAGAUGGCUUUAAUCCGUUCAACAUGAAGAACAGUAUGUAUAGCUUCUGGCCUGUUUUGCUUGUCAACUACAACUUACCACCUGAUUUAUGCAUGAAGAAGGAAAACAUAAUGCUUACAUUGUUGAUUCCUGGUCCACAUCAGCCUGGAAAUAGCAUUGACGUCUACUUGGAGCCGCUCAUAGAGGAUCUAAACCACUUGUGGAAUAACGUAGAGGUCACAUAUGACGCCUUCAGUAAGUCUACUUUCACUCUUAAGGCAAUGCUACUUUGGACGAUAAGUGAUUUCCCGGCUUAUGGAAAUCUUGCAGGCUGCAAAGUGAAAGGUAAAAUGGGAUGUCCUUUGUGUGGGAAAAAUACUGAUUGUAUGUGGUUGAAGUUCAGCAGGAAGCAUGUGUACAUGUGUCAUAGAAAGCGGCUGCCACCUACACAUAGUUUUAGGGGAAAGAAGUCGUGGUUUGAUGGCAAAGUGGAACUGGGCAGAAAGGGAAGAAUUUUAAGUGGUCGAGAAAUAUGUCAGAAUCUCAGGAAUUUCAAGAACGAAUUUGGAAACUUGAAACGAUCUGGUAGAAAGAGGAAAAAGCCUGUGUGUACAUCUGUGGGCUCUGAAGUUGAGGAUUUAUCUAGUGAGUCAGAGGAAGAAGAAGAGGAAGAAUUACAAGUAGAUGUGGAGGAGUUACUGCGAUGGAAGAAAAAAUCAAUCUUUUUCAAGUUACCUUAUUGGGAGGAACUCCCUGUGAGACAUAACUUGGACGUAAUGCACAUUGAGAGGAAUGUGGCUGCAAGUAUAGUGUCUACAUUGUUGCAUUGUGGCAAGUCGAAAGAUGGUCUUCAGGCUCGUAAAGAUUUGGAGGAGUUGGGUAUUAGGAAGGAUCUACAUCCAACCAUCAAAGGGAAACAGAGGUAUCUACCAGCAGCACCUUGGUCUCUUUCCAAGACAGAGAAGAAGAUUUUUUGCAGGCGCCUAUUAGACUUCAAAGGCCCUGAUGGAUAUUGCUCAGACAUUUCAAGAGAUGUGUCAUUAGAUGAGUGUAAGGUCACUGGCCUGAAAUCACAUGACUAUCACGUCCUAAUGCAACAAUUUCUUCCAAUUGCCCUUAGAGGCUUGCUACCCAAAGGUCCAAGGCUAGCAAUUGUACGCUUAUGCUCGUUUUUCAACCAUUUGUGUCAGCGAGUCAUAGAUAGAGAACAAUUGCUGGUAAUGGAAGCUGAGAUUGUUGAGACUCUUUGUAUGUUCGAGAGGUUUUUUCCCCCAAACUUCUUCGAUAUUGAUGUGGAGUCAGGUUUUACCAAACUCCUAGACCUCUGCAAGUGCACAGAUCGCGGAAGUAUGGGUAUCGAACACAAGGACUGGCUAUUGAGUACACUUUGA